CCUUUUUGUUGCUGCAAAUUUUCUCAGCAAACACACAAAAACACACAACACAUUUCCCCUCUGAGAACAACAAUGGAGUAUGAGAGGAUCCACAAUGUCAAGAUGGGUGUACUAUCUCCGACGAAACUCCGGAUGAAGCUCAUAGGAGCUCAGAGUAGCAGAAGAAAGGAAGUCGAGAGCAAUUCAUCGAGGACAUCGCCUUCUAAAAUCGAGGAGAUGAAGUAUGCGAAGAACGGCUUAUUAGCUGGUGAUCUUGAUCAGGAAGGUGGUGCUUCAAAGAUUGGUUCUUAUCCGCUUCAGCAAAGCAACUAUUUGGGUGUGGUUCAUCCCGGGAAACCUCUCGAGGCUGAUUAUAAUGGAUAUGACAGUGGUAAUGACAAUGGCAGCACUUCCAGCUUUGAGUUCCAUCAAGUGCAGCAAUCAAAGGCCGGGUCUUACCAUAGGCAUAUUCCGUCUAAGUGGAAUGAAGCAGAGAAAUGGAUAUUGAACCGGCGAUCACAGCGUCCGAAUAAUGUCUUGAAGAGGUCGAAUUCACAGAAUCAUGGAAAUCGUCAAAUGCUGCCCAGUUGGCUGAGAAUUUCUCCUGUGAAUGUUGGGCAAAAGCAUUAUGUUAGUCGAUCAGUGGAUACCAAAUUGAUGGUUGAGAAGUUACCUUCGGUUUCAAAUUACACACGUUCGAAUUCCUUGUCUGCGAACGGACCUGGUCGGUCAAGUGAUGUACUUGUUGCUUCUGGAGAUUCUAAUAGUCUUCAAAGAGGAAAUUAUCGUAACGAAUCAUCGACCAUUAAAAAUCCUGUAUCUGAGCCAACAGACUUUCCGGCUGUACAGUUAGUGUCAAUGAGAGAUAUAGGAACAGAGAUGACCCCAAUUCCAAGCGAAGAACCAUCAAGAACGACGACUCCUCCAGGAGCCAUGACACCAAGUCAUAGCUCCAUUUCUUCAAGGCCAUCGAGUCCGAGAAAAGGAAUGCCUGUGCAGCAGUCAUUCCCAAAGCUUUCUACCAAUGAUGAAUUAAAUUUCCGAAAAGGUGGUGGCAAAAAUGAAUUAUCUGAAAGAGAAUUGCAGAUUAAAACUAGGAGAGAAAUUGCUGCUCUUGGCAUACAGCUAGGUAAGAUGAACAUCGCUUCGUGGGCUAGCAAAGAAGAGUUGCAACAUCCUUCUCCUGCUCCCGUAACAAUCGACGCAGAUCAACUUGCGAGAAUGGAAUAUGAAACACGUGCGGCUGCAUGGGAAGAUGCUGAGAAAUCCAAACAUAUAGCCAGAUUUAAGAGUGAAGAACUCAAGAUUAAGGCAUGGCAGAGUCAUCAGAAAGCGAAAUUUGAUGUUCAAAUGAAGAAAGCAGAGAUCGAUGCAGAGCGAAUGAGGACUCGUGUUAAAGAGAAGACAGGCGAGAAGCUAGCAAUAGUGCAACGACGGGCAGAGGAGAAACAAGCCAUGGCAGAAGCCAGAAUGAACCGAAAAGCUGUGAGAACUACUCGACAGGCAGAGUACAUUCGACAAACUGGUCGAAUUCCAUCGUCUAGUAUCCUGAAUUGUAGUUGUUUGUUCUAGAGUUCAUCACUCCAUCAUUUUGAAAGAAGACCUUCUUUUUCAGUCUUUAUUUUUGUACACACUAGAUUGGAAUGUGUAAAUGAAAAAACACUAGUUCCAUUCAAGUAAAAAACUUGGCUGAUCUUUGAGCAAUAGUUUUCAUGCAUUGCUUUUG